AUGGACGACCCCAGCAUCACCAUCAACAGCGAGGAAUUGUCUACAUCGCUUCAAAUCAAUUGUGACCUUGCGGCUUCAACGUCCCUCACUUCGGCAUCGUCCACUCUCUCCACGCCAUACGCUACGCCAAAGAACGAUCGCACGCGCAAUGGGGGUGGCAUCAUCAUCAUCAGCAGCAGCAGCAGUAGCAACAGCAACAACAGCGACAGCAACGCAUGGAUAGCCUACUACGAGGUAUUAAAGAGAACCCCACCAAAAGCCGCCCGUACCGGUACUACUGCACAGUUUCAUGACACCUUGGCGACCGCAAACAAGUUGUUGGAGCUCUCGGGUGAAUCUGACUUUCGAAGCAAGCCCUUUCGUGAUCUUACACAUGACCAGCAAGCCAUCCUCGUGCUCAUGAUUUUGAAGGGCAUGGACAAGAUCAUUGCAGGUGGCCAACAAAAAACUGCGAAAGUACUCAUCAAUGCUCUUCGCCCAGAGUCAAUGGAAUACAAGAGAUUGUCGAGUUUUGUUCGCAAGGGUGGUGAUUGCCGCGCCUCCGUUCAAACCUUGUUGCCAAAUUAA